AUGACCAUUAAACUCGCUGCUGAGUCGACCAAAGCAUCAACUGCAAGUAUAUCUGACUUCAAGUACGAGCACAGCAUUUACUGGACUGGUCAGAGCGAGAGCGGUCAUCAAGAUAUUGGAAUUCCAUUACUUGAGCUUGUAUUGAUUGUCAGUUCCAAGCAUAUGGUCAUCACAUCAAUUGCCAUCUCUGAUAACACCGUUCACACUUUGCUUGAGUAUUGCUUUAUUAGUCUAUUGUCAAUCAUGUGCACGUCCAAAGUAUAA